CUGUAGCAGUGAAUCAUGUGGCUCGCGCUGUAUCGGACCUCCGCGAGGCGCUGAUCACGAGAGGAAUGGGCAUACGAUACACGUCGCUGGAUGCGCAAAAAUCUCUUGAAUAUGCCUACAUUUUCGGUCAUGUACAAGGGAGCUGUCAUGAUUAGCAGGACACUGAUGGGUCCGUAUGGAGUAGAUCGAGCAGUGCAUUCUAUGGAGUUUACAGACUGUGAGAAUGGAUUAGGAAUCAAAGUGAUCGGUGGUGUGAAAGAACUAACAGGAGAGGAAUAUGGCGUUUAUGUGAAGAGGAUCUUACCUGGUGGCCUUGCUUCCAGUGAUGGAAACCUGCAGCCUGGAGACCAGAUCUUAGAGGUGAAUGGUGAAAGCUUGAUUGGCGUGACAAAUGAACGAGCGGUGGACAUUCUUAGAGCAGCAUCCUCAACCAAUCAUAUGUGCCUUCUCAUAGCCAGAGAUGAGGAAGCCAGGCAAGAAUUUGCAGAGCUCCUUGAAAAAUACGGCUCAAACGGCAGCACAGGAUCUACCAGGAAUUCACCCAUUCAGCAUACAGGCAGAUACUUGGACAGCACAUCAUCAGGGUCUUCAUCCAGAUCUCAAAGUCCUCUGUUGCUUAGUCCUGCUGGCUCUCAGAGUAACUACAACAACACAGGACCCUUGCUACGCUCCCUAAGUCACCCAGGUGAAGGUGUGAUUCAGCUGAUAUCAGUCGCUCGCUCCUGCAGUCUGGGUAUUACCAUCGGCGGUGGCUCCAACAGACCUGAUGGCCCUGCAGUUUUUAUCCAGGAAGUACUGUCUGGAGGAGAUUGUCAUCGGGAUGGACGGCUCAGACCCGGAGAUCAGCUUAUCACCAUUAACAAGGAGUCAUUGAUAGGAGUCACAUAUGAGGAGGCCAAAAGUGUGCUCAACAAAGUCAAAUUCAGUCAAGAACCAGUGGUGGAUAUUGCCUUCAUCCCAGGAAAAGGACCUUUCUCCAACAGUGCAUCAUUGCAUAAUGGAGUUCAGAGGGGGGUUGGGAACGGAUGCAACUCCAGCCGGUUAAAGGUUCAUGUCCGAUCUCCUGAGAUGCGACAAGAGGAAACAGCUCCAGUGCUUUCAUCCUCCCCGGAUAUCUGUCCUCCAAACAUACAGGUUUCAGCCUCCACCACACAGAGACAAGCCACUGUUUCCAAACCCAAGAUCUCGCUGGACCCCCACAUACGACUCAAAUCAGAGAAGGUUGAUCUGGCUCUGUCGUACCUGGGUUUGGAUGUAACAGAUGAGAAGAGACGGCAGCUCAGAGAGAGUCUCACUACAGACCCUCAGGGAACGGUGUCGUAUGGAGGUAUAGAAACAUGCUUUUACACCUUUAUGCUGCAGCUGCAUAACAUGGUCUUCAGCCAGUCAACUAUAGAUAAAGGAAAUAAUGGAGUUACGCUCCUCAGCAGGAAGAUGCUACCGCGGCAAAUCCUGAUCAAAGUGCUUGCAGUGGAGCAAGAGUUCUGCCUGAUACAUCAACACUUUGUGAUGCCCAUUUUACCUUACUAUAUUUGUAAGGCCACAGCCACAGUGGAGGAGAACAAGUCUCUGAAAAGUAAGCUGCAGGUAGCAGAGGCUGUUCAGAAAGAGACCAACAGUGCUGAACAAGACUACGAGGAGGUCAUUCAGCUCCUGGAGGCUGAAAUCAAAGAUCUGAAGAACCAGCUUUCCGGAAAGAAACAGAGAGGCCUGGAGGCUACUAAGAAGGCCACAGCCACAGUGGAGGAGAACAAGUCUCUGAAAAGUAAGCUGCAGGUAGCAGAGGCUGUUCAGAAACAGACCAACAGUGCUGAACAAGACUACGAGGAGGUCAUUCAGCUCCUGGAGGCUGAAAUCAAAGAUCUGAAGAACCAGCUUUCCGGAAAGAAACAGAGAGGCCUGGAGGCUACUAAGGAGAAUGUGAUGGAGCUGAACAGGAGGCUCGCCAUCAUUGACAGCCAGUUGAGAAGGUCUGAACUCACACGGAAACACCUGGAGAUAUCCAACAAGAAGCUCCUUGGCUUUGCACAGAAUGUCCACAAAGUUCUCACCAAUGCCAGCUUAUUUGGGAUUGAAAGUGGGUGCGCACAAGCGUCUCCAGCGACUGACAGCCCCGACACACCCUCCCUGAUCCCAGACCCUGCCUGCCAGCUCGCAGCCGAGGCCAAAGAGCUCGUAGAUGGUGUCUGCUCACUUUGCACUGAGGAUCACAAAUUACUGCAGUACGUAGAGGGAAGCAUUGUGAAGGCUGAAGAAGACUGUGAUUCAGACCUCACUCAAUGGCCACAACCUCCUGUCCUCGGGGCUGCAGUAGAGCGGCGAGAGGCGGAGCUGAAUAUCUGUGCAGAAAGCCUUUGUGAUAUGAACAUUUAUUGCUCUCAGGUGUUACUGAAAGACACAGAAGACAGUAAGAAGACUUUGAAGGAGGAACUGCAGAAGACGGCUGAGAAGGCCACAGCCACAGUGGAGGAGAACAAGUCUCUGAAAAGUAAGCUGCAGGUAGCAGAGGCUGUUCAGAAAGAGACCAACAGUGCUGAACAAGACUACGAGGAGGUCAUUCAGCUCCUGGAGGCUGAAAUCAAAGAUCUGAAGAACCAGCUUUCCGGAAAGAAACAGAGAGGCCUGGAGGCUACUAAGGAGAAUGUGAUGGAGCUGAACAGGAGGCUCGCCAUCAUUGACAGCCAGUUGAGAAGGUCUGAACUCACACGGAAACACCUGGAGAUAUCCAACAAGAAGCUCCUUGGCUUUGCACAGAAUGUCCACAAAGUUCUCACCAAUGCCAGCUUAUUUGGGAUUGAAAGUGGGUGCGCACAAGCGUCUCCAGCGACUGACAGCCCCGACACACCCUCCCUGAUCCCAGACCCUGCCUGCCAGCUCGCAGCCGAGGCCAAAGAGCUCGUAGAUGGUGUCUGCUCACUUUGCACUGAGGAUCACAAAUUACUGCAGUACGUAGAGGGAAGCAUUGUGAAGGCUGAAGAAGACUGUGAUUCAGACCUCACUCAAUGGCCACAACCUCCUGUCCUCGGGGCUGCAGUAGAGCGGCGAGGUCAGUAGAGCAUCUGGGAUAGACAGACAAACCGGGCUCAUUCAGAACAUCAAGAUCGAACUGCACCUAUACUGUGGAACAUAAGAGACUGAAGAUUUGCAGUGUGGUUUGUACUCUUUUCAAGUGGCUACCAGAGGCCUGAGGUCUACUGAUCAAACUCAUACUCAUUUUUUAAAGCUGUCCGUGUACAUAUUUAACAUGUAGCAGAACUCAGUGUCAUGACAUAAAGGCAGAAACCAACAAAGGCAAUUGAAAUCCGAAACACAAAUGGCACCAUUAACAGCAGUGGUGACUUUGAAAUGCUCAAAUGUGACUUCAACUGUGUCAGCAUGUGCCGUGCGUAACACUUAUAGCAGAUGAAGCAGUUACCACACACAGUUCUCAUUCAGACGGUAUAUUUCCCCAUUUCAACAACUGUAAUGAAAACACAUGUGACUGUGCAGCUGACCUCUCUAUUAGAGUUAGGUAUAUUAUACAGUACAUGCAUUAGAUUUCACUUAGGGAUCUUCGGGACAGUCCCCACUCUUCAUAAUUUGAUAUGAUGCUUAUUUGUAUCUGUUCUGAGAAAUGCUAUGACGUUUUGAAGAUUUUAUAUUUUCAGUCCGAAUCUUUUAUUAUUCAGAGACACAUAGACACGCUCGCUUCUAAGUAUGUGUGCGGUUGCCGUCAUAAACCUUGUAAAUCUUGCCGUCAAUUUCCUCUUCAUGUCUGCCGAUCAUGUCAGUCUACGCUGGGUCACCCACCCAUUACGAUCAGGUAUGGUCUGUUAAGUGCUUUGGGGGGAUCCUUCAUGGUUUGUUUCAGCUGAUGGAUGGUAACUUUCCUCCAUCUCUGGCUCCUCGGGACUAUGAUUCUGUUGUUUGGGGGGGGGGGGGGGAUUUGCUCAUCAUGGCACUGGUAUCAAGUAAUGGGAGUCAUAUUGCAGUGUUCCACCCUGAAUGCAUCCAUUCAGCUGAACAAUGCACAUGGAUCAGGUUACUGUUUUCAUAAGCACACUGUAUUCGGCUGUUUUGUCUUGCCAUAUAGGAUCUGCAGUUACUUAUAUCAAUGUGUAAUAAACUGGUACCAUUCAUUUCCUGAGGAUAGAGGUGUACGGUUAUGCAGAUGGGCUGUUGAUAUUAAUAACAGCACAUGCUCUACAAAUGCUGACAUGUAGUCCUGUGAUUCAACCAGAUUGCAUCAUAUGUGUGGCCUAAAUAUCUUUCUUUUAAUGUUUUUAAUUAAAGUCUGAACAAAUGUGAUGUUUUUGUAUUAUAUGCAGUGGACUUCAGUACAAUAGACUUUAAAAAUAUGUUAUUUUCAAAUCCACUGUGGUCAACAGACACGCUCAUGCUUACGUUUCUGCAGGAAUAGUAGUGUAUGCGUGCCAGUCUACAUUGCUGAGCCAAAGCUGGCUCAUCGUACAAUAUUUAAAAAAUUAUUUGGCUACCAAGGGCUGCAUGCUGACACAAUUUUAAUGCUUGUGUAAUCUGCAACAGCUUGUGUGGGUCUUUUUUUUUUUUUCUUAGAUAAGACUA